AUGUCUGGCUGCUGCAGAGUCAUCGCUCCCUUGAUCACCCUUGUUGUCCUCGCCGUUCUCAUCAUUGUCGUGGUUUUAUCCAUCAACCUUCAUGAUGCCAACCUCCCUCCUACCUUCGAAGUCUACUCGGCCUCAAUCAACUCGCUAACAGUAAACACCGCAGAACUCACUGCCGAUUGGAAUAUUUUGCUCUCCACCAAAAACCCUAACCACGGCAUGCGAGUCUAUUACGAAGCAACAUCCUUUGAGUUAUUUUACAAGGACAUUGUUCUAGACAAAUCAACUUUGCCAAUAUUUUUCACCGAUAAGAGCGCCACCCAAGUGAUUAACAUGAAACCUUCGGUAGUAAACAAGCCUUUGGAUGCUAGUGUGGCGAACGACAUUGUUCUGAGCCGCGAUGAACAUGGAAUCGUGGAAUUUGGACUCAAUAUUUCCACUUCGAUUAGGUUCAAGAACAAUUUACUCCGUUCUCAUGACCAUAAGUCUUUGAAGGUUGUUUGCUACCCUCUCAAGUUUGUCUUCAACAAUGCAACCCAUGCAGGGACUUUAUCACAAGGUUUAACAUGUAGGCGCGUCGAAUGA